UUCGCUUUCCCCUCCAUCCAUUCCACCCACGCCUCCCCUCGCCUCGAGGGGAAUUUCGGCUAGGGUUUCGCGGAUCGAGGGAGAAAGGAGAGGAGCGGCUCGGCAGCGGCGGCUAGGGUUUUCCGCGGGUGGGCGGGCCCCGCAUGGCCUCGCCGGCGGCCGCGGCCGCGAAGGGGAGUAAGGGCGGGGAGGACGGCGGCGGGCCGGUCACGGGGGACAUGGUCAGCGCGGGCUUCGCGGAGCUGGAGCGGCAGCAGCAGCUGCUCGCCACCUGCACGCGCCUCUACCAGCAGCUGGCCGACCACUUCGGCUCGCUCGAGCGCGGGCUCGCGGCCCGCUCCGAGCAGCUCCGCGUCCGCCGCAGGGCCUUCGACGCCCGCACCCACCGCGCGCUCGACUCGCUCCACCGCCGCGAGGCCUCCGUCGACACCUCCGUCUCACGCGCGCUCGACCACCUCCACUCCAUCUCCAAGGAGGCGGCGGCGGCCCCGGCCCCGACACCGUCCGACUCCGCUGCCUCGGAGGAAGGCCUCGCCGAGAGCCUGCGCGCGCUGUGCUUGCGGAUGGACUCGUCCGCGUUCCUGGGCUACGUCGUGACCCACCGCAAGGAGGCGGACGCGCUGCGGUCCGAGAUGCCCGCGGCGCUCAAGCUCUGCGUGGAUCCGGCCAAGUUCGUCAUGGACGCGGUCGCCGACGUCUUCCCCGUCGACCGCCGCGAGGUGCCGCGGAACCCGGCCGACCUGGCGUGGGCGUGCGUGCUCAUCCUCGAGGCCGCCGUGCCGGCGCUGGCGGACCCGGACCCGGACAUCGGCGCCGCGCGCCCGCUCGUCCCGCGCGCGGCGCGCGAGCGCGCGAGGGGCAUGGCAAGGGAGUGGAAGGAGGCUGUCGAGAAGAAGGGAGGCGUGGAGGGGGCUAAGCCGCCCGACGCGCACGCGUUCCUGCAGCACGUCGCCACGUUUGCCGUCGCGGAGAGGGAGGACAGGCCGCUGUACCGUAGGAUUGUCGUCAGCUUCUCUUGGCGCCGGCAGAUGCCACGGCUCGCGCUUACACUCGGCCUCGAGGAAGAAAUGGCUGAUAUCAUUGAGGAACUAAUUGCUAAGAGGCAGCAGCUUGAUGCUGUGAAUUUCGCUUACGAGGCUGGGCUUCAGGAGAAGUUCCCUCCAGUUCCUCUUUUGAAGUCCUACCUGGAAGACUCUAAGAAGACAUCAACCGCUGCUUCAGAUAAUUCAAGCACUAGCAGUGGCCAAUCAGGGAGCAAUGCGAACAAGAAAGAGCAGUCUGCACUGCGAGCUGUCAUUAAGUGUGUUGAGGACCAUAACCUAGAAGCUGAGUUUUCACUGGAGGAUCUUCGGAAGCAACUUGAAGAGCUGGAGAAAGCCAAGACUGAGAAGAAAAAGGCAGCAUCAAGCGCUACCAGUGGCAGCAGCAGCGGCCCUGCAACCAAGCGCAUCCGUGCAAGCAAUGGAGGCCCAAUGCCUCCUGCCAAGGCAGGUCGUCUCACUAACAAUGCUUGUGUGUCUUCUUUCCCAGCUCCCACCACAUUUACCCAGUCUCCCUCCCAUGCCUCAUAUGCCACGACCUCCCCUUCCCAUACCUCAUAUGCCACGACCUCCCCUUCCCACACCGCAUAUGCCACGACCUCCCCUUCCCACACCGCAUACGCCAUGACCUCCCCUUCCCACACCGCAUAUGCCACAGCCUCCCCUUCCCACCCAACAUACGCCACAGCCUCCCCGUCCCACCCAUCAUACACCACAGCCUCCCCUUACCCCUAUGACAGGCCGGUUGGACAUGGCCUCUACUGCAACCGGAGCCCACCGGUGAUCAGGGAGCCAUAUGUUUACCCAGCUGAGGAGGUAGCCAGUGUCAACGUCGGCAUUCCCAUGCCAUACUCCACCCCACCCAUGAGCUACCCUGCCCCCUAUGGCGGUUAUGGCAAUGGGAUGGCAGCUUACACCAAUGGAAUGGCUCCUGCCUUCCACCAGGCUUACUACCGGUAGGUUCAGUCAGGAAACAAAACAAGUCGCUGAUGAAUGACAUGACAACAACUGAUGAUGCCAACGACUCAGAAUCGCACAAUGGCCCUAUUUUGUAGUGACUGACUACAACGGUAGGUUGGGUAUCUCAUCUUAUAUGUCCUUACCACUACUACUAGAUGUGUUGUGUUUAGCUCUCGUCUCAUCUUAGACCACUACCUUUUUUUACUACUAAGGAACCUGGAUGUAAAUUAUGUAUGGUAUCAGCGAGACUGUCGUCGCAUCCUUAUGUAAUUCUAUUCAGAACUUUGGAAAACUAAAAAAAAAAUCAGCAUGUAAUCCUUAAGUACCGGAUGUACCAUGAACUUAAUUAAAAGUGUUUUUAGUUUA